AUGACCUCUCCCAGCAGGUUUCCAAGAGAAGACAAGUACAACUCUAAAUAUUUGAUACGGACAACAUCGAGCAAUAUGUGGGUCCGGUUGUGGUUGGCCUUCUGUAUCUGCGCUGUUUCAGUAUGGUCACAACACGCCAACACGCAAGUGACACAAGAUGGCGCUGCGUUCGGUUGGGGCUGGCAGCUGUCACCGCUGGGCCAGGCUUCUACCAUUGGUCAUUAUUACGUCAAAUUACCACAGUCUGAGCAGCAAGUGAGGUAUGGACCAAAUGGCGGCGGAUACCAGACUGCAGCCACUGUAAACACUAACGUAGCGGCCGGACAGCAAGCUGUAGAUUUAAGCCAGCAGGCACAAAAUAUCUUCAAGCAAAGACAGAAUGUAACCCAAGUGCCAGCGCCACCAGCGAUCAACCAACAACCAGUCGACAUCUACCUACUCCAGCAGCAGUACCACCCAGUGCUCCCCACCCCAAACUACAGUCACAACCAACUGCAGUACAACGAGCCCCAAAGGGACCACUCGAACCCUCUUACGAAAGAGGACCCCAACGAGUAUCACCCCCAAGUCGUACAAGUCUUCAAAAACCACAAUUGUUCUAAUGAAGAAACUUCCAAUGAGUUGCAAAAUGAUUUGGAAAAAUCUAAACAGCUGUUCGCUGAAGUUCCUUCCUACGAUAUUCAUGAUAUCAAUAAUUUUGCUGCUACAAGUGCUCCUGGUACAUAUUACAGAGGCGCUGUUAAGUUCAGGGUUGAAAUUCCACGUGAUAAUGCCCGCAGUGAAAGAUAUUAUUACACCACCGCUGAAACUCCAUCCACAGCGCCCACUGAAAAUGCAACACAAGUUGGCAUCGAUAAACUUGUAGCCUCUACCCAGGACCUCAUUUCUAAUGAAGAUUUGUUAAUAAUCAAUCACGCAGCAGAAAAACAUGUGAAUGACCAAUCAGACGACAUAAUAAAACCUCGCUCAAGGUUUUAUGUCAAAAAUAAUGAUCACAAAGCGCAAGAUAGUAAUUCCAAACAUAUUACUGUUAAAGCCAAAAUCGGGAAUAUUGUUAAAAGCGACGUAGAACAUUUAGAAGACGACCAAAAGAAAGAAAACUUCUUACAUUCCAAUUCUAAUCAAUAUGAUUUCGCAACUCCUAUUGUUGUGCAAGAUAAUUCUUAUAACAACUUCAAAGACCAGAUUGUCGAUAAUCUUGUAUCAACAAUGGUUCCCUACAUGGAAAAUGGAUACCAAAUAGUAGGAGUCAGUGAUAAUUCUGGAGAAACUUACACAGAUGACAGCAAAGGCGAAGGCAAUAGGCUAGUUAAUGUUACUCCAAGACCAGUGAAUCAAAACUAUCUUGCACCAAUCACUGUAGCUCUAAGAUUAUUGAACGCUAACGACACAGAAUCGUUUAACACUAUAGAUGAUCAUGAGGCUUCAGACAGUGAAUUAGUAUCAGACACAGUACAGAGCCCACCGAAAGAAAAGACUAUCGUGGAAAUACAGGAAUCUAUUCCAGUUGAAAUAACUCACAUUAAUGAUGUAGAAGUUCAUGAAUACGUAGAUUUUGAUGAAGGACGAAGCAAUAAUAAGGGAUCUUUAGAUGUAGCGAAGAAUUUGUAUAACACAUACGUUGAUGCUUUAAAAUCGUCAAAAAAGAUACAAGAACAGAUGAAUAAGUUACUUUAUAGAUACGGAGCGACGAAAGAUAAUAGUCAAGAGAAAAAUGAAAAAGAUGAAGAACAGAAAGAACCUUUGGAACCGAGUGAAAAUAUACAAUCCCAAGUUGAAGUCAGACCUAAUGAAGAGGACGCUAACACGCCAAGAAGUGAACAGUAUCAAUAUUAUGACUAUGGUAAUAACAAUCCACAGAUAAUCCAACCCAUUAUUAUAGAAAAAGAGGUGCCAAUAACUAAGUUCGUAGACAGAUUUAUUGAAAAGAAGGUUCCGUACCCACAGCGCGUUGAAAUCAAAGUACCAGUGGACAGACCUGUACCUGUAGAAGUUCCUGUUGAGAAAAUCGUUGAAAAACCAGUCGAGGUAACUAAAUAUGUGGAUAAACCGUACCCAGUUGAGGUUCCUAGACCUUAUCCCGUUGAAGUUAAAGUUCCUUAUCCUGUGGAACAAAAGGUGUAUGUAGAUCGUCCUAUUCAUAUUCCCUACCCAGUAGAGAAGGUGGUUGAGAAGCAGAUACUUCACCCGGUUCCUAUUCCCACUCCCGUUGGCAUUCCCUAUGAAAUUCAAGUACCGAUUGAACACAAAAUAUUGUACCCAUUUCCGGUUGAUAGACCCGUACCAGUUCCAGUGGAAGUCGAGAAACCGGUUGAAAGAAUAGUUAAUAAAGAAGUUCCCGUACCUUACGCCGUCGAGAAACGUGUUCCUUACCCAGUUCAUUACGAAACCAGAGUUCCUGUCCCAUACCCGGUUGAGAAAAGAAUCCCAGUACCAGUUGAAAAGAUUGUUGAAAAACCGGUUACAAUAACCAAAUAUGUUGACAAGCCGAUACAUAUUCAAGUGCCUGUGCCUCAACCGGUUCCCGUACCAGUACAUGUUCCCCAACCUUACCCGGUCGAAAGAAUAGUCGAGAAAAAAGUUCCUUACCCGGUCCACGUAGACAGAUUAGUAGAAAAGAAAGUGCCAGUCCAAGUUCCCUACCCAGUUGAAAAAGUCGUCGAGAAAAUUGUUGAAAAACCGGUUGUGGUAACGAAGUAUAUAGAUAAACCUUAUCCAGUCGAGAAAAAAGUGCCGUAUCCAGUCGAAAAAAUUGUAGAAAAGAAAGUUCCUUACCCUGUCCAAGUCCCGUAUGAAGUUAAAGUGCCUUAUCCGGUUGAAAAAAUCGUUGAAAAACCGGUUCACGUACCAAUCCCCGUUUACCGAUAUGGAUACAACAACCAGGGUAGUGAGUCGAGGAACAAUGUCCAAACAGCACAAGCCCAGAACAAUAUAAAUGACAGAAAUAAGAAGAAUCCUAACCAACAGCAAAUAUUUAUAGCUCAAUACUACCAGCUUUUGAAAGAGAGACAGAGACAGCCCGUCGAGUCAGUUCAAUGGGGCAACCAAUACGCAUCCUCUUACCAAUAUAUAAACAACACUUCAGGCAAUAAAUUAGAAGAAAAGAAACCCAAUCCAUUAACCAGCUACAUAUCCUAUUUAACAAAUGGGCAAAGCAAAUCGAAUCAGUACUAUGGCCCAGUACCAACGCAAAAUCAAGAUGAUUGGUGGCAGAAUAAUAAGAAUUAUGUCGUUGAAGUCAAAAUGAGGAGGACGGAUAGGGAACCAAGAGUCGGCAAACAAGCCGUCUCAUUAUCUGAUGGUAAGCAAUCAGCGUCGACAAUGGACACUCGCAACAACUGA